AUGGAUGGAGAGAGAGAAAUGGAACUAGCACCAUCCAUGCGCGGGCCAGACAGCAAGAAUGGUGAGAUGGCUGUACGGAAGCGGCCGAACGUGAACCUGAUGGAGCUAGACCGAAAUGAAGAGAGCAGGGCCUUGGACGCGAGAAGGAUCAGUCCCCUGUCCAAGGCUGCUGAACUGAGGCUUUCGACAUUGGAUGGAUCGUGCCAGGAACGUUGCACUUUCAGCGGGGAAGAACCGUCUGCGCAAGUCCCUGACGAAGCCGAUUAUUCGGGCCAGUUUAGCGGGCUCUGGACGCUUCAGGCGUCGCUGCGACUGCCCUGCAGGCUCUUCCAGUGGAUAUCAUCCUCUCAAGUCCAGGCAACAUACCCUCCACCUUCCGCAACCCCUGCCCUGCCCACCAAGCGAAAGUUGAUGCAGAACGCAUCUGGCUCUAUUCACCUGCGUGUGUGCUAG